AGGAAAGCACAACGAUACGAACGGUGGCCUCAGGAGCAACAGCCAAUGAGAUGCAGCGACAGACGAGCGGCUACGAUGAUCCGUGGAAGAUCACGGACGAGCAGAGACAGUAUUAUAUAAACCAGUUUAAAACCAUCCAGCCAGAUCUAAACGGCUUUAUACCUGGUUCGUCUGCAAAAGAGUUCUUUACCAAAUCAAAACUACCGAUUUUAGAGUUGUCACAUAUUUGGGAGCUGUCAGACUUCGAUAAAGACGGGGCGCUGACCCUGGAUGAAUUCUGUGCCGCCUUUCAUCUGGUCGUGGCCAGGAAAAAUGGAUAUGACCUCCCUGAGAAGCUGCCUGAGAGCCUGAUGCCAAAGCUGAUUGACCUGGAUGACACAGCAGAGGUCCCGGACCAGGCCGCGGACGUCGGGUACUCGGGCUCCCCGGUGGAGGUCACCCCCAACAAGUCUCCCUCGAUGCCUUCACUCAACCAGGCCUGGCCCGAGAUGAACCAGAACAGCGAGCAGUGGGAGACGUUUAGCGAGCGCUCCUCCAGCUCACAAACUCUGACCCAAUUUGACUCUAACAUUGCACCAGCUGACCCUGUAAGUCAAUCACUUAGUAUGCAUGGUUUCACCAUUAAUGGACAGACAUUAACCCUCUCUGGAUCUCCAUGA